ACUGAGAGUGAUGCUGAGUCUUUUUUUAUCUGUUUGAAAUUCUUUUAUGUGCAAUCUCUUUAAAUCCAUUUUUUUACAUGUUGAAAAUGAGUCGUCCCGUUGUGAUUUUUGCCAGUUUUGUACAGCUGUGUUUUUUCCGUCGUGUGGAAUUUGUUUUCACAGUGGUUGUUUUUGUCAGUUUGUGUUUGGAUGAAUCCGUACCUCGGUGUCCUCCCAGAAAAGUCACUCUUCGCUGCUGCCGCAUCAAAGGACCCGGAGUUUGACUCACCAUCACCUGCUCCCGUUGCCAGUCCUAAAACGAUUCCCUGUUUUGGAUAGUGCCUGAUGACAAUAACUAUUUAUGGCCAGCUUUACGCAUGAAAGACUCCACGUGGACGUCCGUUCUAAUAAUUUGUACAUGUAAGUGUGAUUAUGGGAACACAAAUCAAUAUAUCCUGAUUUAUUUUUGAGUAGAGUACACCUGUUUUAAUUUCAAUUGUGUUAUGUUGUUUAAAAAUAUGCACUGACUCCUGUUUGGGAUAAGUAACAGAGCUCUGAAGAAAUUGUUUUCAAGAUUAGAUAGACACCACAAAUCUAAUGCCAGUCAUGUUUUAGAGUAAAAAAAUUACCUUAAAUACAAUUUAAUCCUAUAAUUGCGAUAUUUUUUACUUUCCAACUGACUUUUUACGCAACGCGCGUUAGGAUUUUAGGUUUACGCGCGCUUGCCAUUCUCCGUCAUGAACGCUGGAGAUAGCACCUCCAAGGGGCAUGAGGACUCUAACUCCCAGGGUGACUGUAGAGAACACGGGGAGGUCUGGCCCUGUGUAUAAUCACGCUGCAGCAUGCCCUCCUGGCCCAACGACUCGGAGUGCCUCCCGCGUAACUGCACCUGGGAGGAAACCUACAACACAAGCAACGCUGACCAGCCUGCACCUCCGCUCAACUACUACUCGAUUCCUCUCCUAACGUUCAUCACCGUCGCCUGCUCGCUGCUGUUUCUGGUUGGGGUUGCCGGGAAUGUCAUGACCAUCCUGGUGGUGAGCAAGUACAGGGACAUGCGCACCACCACCAACCUCUACCUGUGCAGCAUGGCUGUGUCCGACCUGCUUAUUUUCCUUUGCAUGCCUCUGGACCUCUACCGCAUGUGGAGGUACCGGCCUUGGCGCCUCGGAGACGCGCUCUGCAAACUCUUCCAGUUCGUGUCAGAGUCUUGCACGUACUCCACCAUCCUGAACAUCACCGCUCUGUCAGUGGAGCGCUACCUGGCUAUUUGUUUCCCGCUGCGCGCCAAGGCUCUUGUCACCAAAAGGCGAGUGCGCGCACUGAUUUGUGUCCUGUGGACGGUGUCCCUGUUUAGUGCAGGACCUGUGUUUGUCAUGGUGGGAGUGGAGAGGGACAGCAUGGAACCACCAAAUCUUAAAUUCUGGAUGAAUGAGACUGGCAUACUUUUGGACGCUGGGGACACUCGGGAGUGCAGGAUGACGCAUUACGCCGUUGAGUCAGGCCUCAUGGGGGCCAUGGUGUGGCUGAGUUCGGUGUUUUUCUUCAUGCCAGUGUUCUGCCUGACGGUGCUGUACAGCCUUAUUGGCCGCCGACUGUGGCAGAGGCACAAGGAAACGAAUAUGAGCUCCCGUGUGGCUCACAGGGACAAAAGCAAUAGACAGACCAUCAAGAUGCUGGUGGUGGUUGUGCUGGCCUUUGUUCUGUGCUGGUUACCCUUCCACGUGGGCCGCUACCUGCAGUUCCGCUCCCUGGACGCGCCGUCUCCACUGCUGUCCGUGUUGUCUGAGUAUUGCAGCCUGGUGUCCGUCGUGCUCUUCUACCUGAGCGCGGCAAUAAACCCCAUCCUCUACAACACCAUGUCUUGGAAGUACCGGGGUGCUGCCGCGCGCCUCUUUGGCCUGACUGACGGCCAGCAGUCACGGUGCCGCACAGCCAGCACCUUGAAGGGAGAGGGCUCUAACGGCUGGACAGAAUCCACAGCAAGCUUUUGAGCCUGAAAGUGUUGAUCAAAUGGCCUGUAAUGAGAAAAGAAACCAACCUGAUAGCCAUCACUUCUGUCAGAGAGAGGAAAAUCGCAGACUUGCAUUUACCGAGUAAAAGCACAAACCAAAAAAGGUGAAGAUGCUGAAAUUGGUUUAUAUCGAUAGGUAAUCUUUGCUUUUAAAUGUUUCACUUCUUGUCAGAUUAUUUCAGCAAGUGCCAUAACAUUUGAAAGUGAGACUGGUGGAGUGUAAAAUACCUUCAUGCCUCCCAGAAGUGCUUCUUCACCUGAAUAUGAAAAAAAAGGAGCAUUUUGGGCAUACAAACCUAAAUAUCAAACACAUCUACAAAUGCCUUAUGCUGUAUUCUGGAUGACAAAGAAAGCACUGUAGAAUUUGAAAUUUGUUGCACUUCUCUGUACUCCUUUAGACCGGGGCAGAGGUGCAGAGUGUGCAAGCAUGUUUGUAACUGUGUUGCCGACUGUUAGUGAUGCAAACUCAUUAUGUAUGUACAAUUUCCAAUCCAUGCUUGUGUUGAUGCUGCAAAUAGGGGCUACACUCCAUGGUAUGAAAGGUUGGUGUCUUAGUUACUGAACAGCAGUGCUUUAAUUGUAGUUUAAGUUUUUAGAUUAAUUGCUCUGUUUAUUGUAGACAUGGGCUGGUUAGAACACCAGGUCAGUUCGCCUCCAGUUUGUUCCCCCAUUUUUUACCCACGUGUUGCCAUUUCUUUGCUCCCUCCAUCUUGCACCUGUGGAAUAAUCACAUCCCAUUCAGUAUAUUUGUUUUGGUAGUCAAGUAUCACAAAUUCUGAAUUAUGGUUAUAGUCAUAAUUGUUCAAAUCCCACAAAUAUUUGAAUUUAAUUGUAUAUAGAGUCAUGUGAAAAAAAUAGGAGACCCCAUUAAAAAUGUUGUUCUAAUCUUUUUUUUAUAUAUAUAUCUCUUCAAAAGACAUUGAUUUAGUUGCUCCUAAACAACAAAAUGUAUUUUCAUUUUGCUAAUAAAGCAAAAAAUAACAAAGAACGAAUUCUUUAGUUGAGGAUGCUAAUAGCUAGUGUUUGACUGUGAAACAGUCUCUGAUAUUGGCCUGUGGAAAGUUUGCCCCACUCCUCACAGCUCUGAUAUGAUUGAGGGGUUUCUUGCAUGUAGUUUGUGGUCACCCAACGACAUCUCAAUGAGAUCAAGCCUUGGUUUUGCCCAGGACUUUCCAUUUCUUAAAUCUCAGCCAGUCCUUGGUGGAUUAACUGAUAUGUUUUGGGUCAUUGUCAUGUUUGAGGGUUCAGUUUUGCUUCAUUAUUAAUUGUUUUAACAGAUGGUCUAACAUUUUUUUCCAGCACCCUGAUAUAUUGUAAUCAUUAUGGUGGAUUAUGUGAUGGAGAGUUGGCCAGGUCCUGCUUCACCAGCAUCGCCAGACACUUCCACCUCCAUUUUUCACAUGUUGGCAGUUGUUUUGCUUGGCCUCAACGUAUGGGUUAUACUUUCCACAAAGUGGGCUGGCUGAUUUCAAAUUCUUUUGAGAACGUUUUAUCCGUUUCCAGAUUCAUAAGUUGCAACAACCUAUUGUGAAGGGCUGAAACAGCUCUUUUAAUCUCAACAGCACAUUCUCUGGCAUCUCAGGGACUGAGAUAACCAUAAUUAUUUCUUUAUAUACAGUAACACGAUGCUGCCCUUGCUCCACCUGUUGCUACACACUGCUGGUCAGCUGACUAAAAGAAGACUAUUGCAGUUUUCCUGCACUCGCUAAAAAGACAGAUUUGUCUGUUUGAAAAUAUUUCUGGUUGCAAAAAAUAGAUCAAAGCAUGGAAACAUAAAACAGUGUCAACCAUCUUCUUUAUAGAGGUAGUGGUGACCUAAAAUGAUCGUUGAGAUACCACAUAUAUCGGCUGAAGGCUGGCUACCUGAGCAGAUAGCCUGACUAAAUAACCAGCUAUUAUCAGGUUGUGUAGUUGUGUUAUUCCAUAAAUAGCAAAAGGGGAAUACCAUUCUGUGCAGUGAGCUCUUAAAAACCUCUGCAGGAGUUUAUAUUUUUGGUCUAAUCAAAUAAAGAAUAUGCUAACUUUAAUAACCUAUAUGCUAUGUUAGGGUAGCAGCAGUGGGAAUAAUUAUUGUUAUUCUAUUUUUAACUAAAGCAGUUAAAUCAUGUUAUGGAUUUUUGUUUUUAAUUCAUUAAAAAUGAAGCUGGUAUUAAUACUAAAGGUUAUCAUCCUGUGAAAACCUCAUACUGGCCCAGGCCUAGUUUAUAGGUGAAUCUUAGAUUCUGUGCUUUGAAUCUUGGAACCUAAAACAGGUAAUUGAAAAUGAGAAUUUGAUGAAGCAGAUGUUUCUGGUUUUCACUAUGGUACCGUAGAAAAUCAUUUUGGAUGUACUGUGCAAAAUGUGUUAUUCAUAUUUCUCACUGCACUGCAAAAAUCACAAACAACUUGGUUUUGUAAGUGAGCAUCAUUUAUUAUGCAUACUCCUUAUUUAUGCUCCUUAUUUAUCUUUUCUGGUUAAUUAUUUGCUUCAGAAUGUGUCAGUUGUACAUGUGUUGUUAAACAUCGAUUUUAAGCAUUUUAGCUGAAAAAGAAGCUUUCUAAAUGUGCUGUACUCUACUCAUUACAGUUGUGUUAACAACUGUGGUUUCUAUUCCUACUGCCUUUGAAAGUGAAUAUUAAUAAAAGCAGGAAGUGUUCAUUAAUUUAGAACAGUGUGCCAUGCAUUUUGUCAUCCUUUGGAUAAAAAAAAAACUAUAAGUCAUGAUGUUGCCUCUCCUUUAACUUGUAAAUAGAUGCUUUGUAAGGCUUAAUUCUGUGCAGCAGUCCAAAUCACCACAGCAGUGCACUGGAUUUAAUAUGUGGCCUCCUGGCAGUAAAGAAUGUAUUUCUGCUAAAUGAAGUUUUCUGACUGUACAUACUGUUAACAGGAUAACAUUUAUUAAUGUACUAAAUGUAUAAUGAUAAAAGAGGACAAUAAGACAAUUUUAUUUCGUUUUGAGUUUUGUAAAAUGUGACGAUUAUCUGCUGGUUAAAGUAUCUGUGUAUUACAAAGUUGUGUUACAUUAAAAAUAAGGACAACAGAACUACUUUCAUUCAUGCACAAUAUCUGUACUUGUAGAUGGAAUAUGGUGAAA